AACGCGUGCUUAUGUCUGCACAUGCGCAUUAAGGCUGGUCCAGCCUGAGAAACAAGCUUUUCUUGUUGGUAAAAACUUCAUUCUGUUGUUCCUGUUUUUGCGUUCGGAUGUUGAAGAAUACACAUCAGAGAAUACACAUAAAAUUCACGCAUGGCUUUUCAGUCAUGGCCACCCGUUUCGGGACAAUCUUCACUCUGCUUUCUGUUUUUCUUCUUUAUUGGACUUUGCCGUCAAUUCAGGCAGGACAUUCUCACACCUCAGUCAUACAACGAAAAGGCUUAAUGCCUCAGACUAAAAUGAUUCAGUCAUUGGACAAAACGGCAUCGCACCUCAGACUGAAAGGCUUCAGGUCUCAGGAAAAACGACGUCAGUUGUCAGAGAAACACUCGCUGUAUUACAUUUACACUUGUUUGUCUAAACCUGUGGAUCUGCCGGGCAUCUAUGAAUUCAGUGCUAUGGGUCUGCUGGAUGACAGACCAAUCGACUAUUACAAUAGUAAAGACAAGAGAAGGAUUCCCAAACAACAGUGGAUGAAAGAGAAAAUGAAGGAGGAUUACUGGGAAAAAGGCACUGAGUCCAGAAAGAGCAAAGAAGAGUGGUUUCAUAAAAAUAUCAACAUUCUGAUGAAGCGAAUGAGCCAAAGUGAAUCAGAUCUUCAUGUUCUUCAGUGGAGAGUUGGUUGUGAAGCUGAGGGAGAUGAAGUGAAGUUUUCCAGAGGCAUUGAUGAGUACAGCUAUGAUGGAGAAAACUUCUUGUCUUUUGAUGAUAAAGAGUGUCAAUGGGUCGCUCCAUUUGAAGCAGCUCUACCAACCAAGAGAAAAUGGGACAGUGUGCCGAUCCUAAACCAAUACACCAAAGGAUACCUGGAGAAAGAGUGUGUGGACUGGCUCAAAAGAUUCAGAGUAUAUGGAGACGAGAAGCUCAGAAAUGGCUCUCCUCCAGACGUUCAUGUGUUUGCAAAGUCUACCGAAGAUAAAACCAAGCUGAAACUCACCUGUCUGGCCACUGGCUUCUACCCCAAAGACGUGAUGAUGAUCAUUAGGAAAUAUCGCACAUCUCUGCCUGAAGAUGAGAUUGAAUCCACAGGAGUCAGACCAAACCAGGAUGAAACGUUCCAGGAUAUGAAAAGCGUGGAGAUCAAGGAGGAUGAAAGAGCAGAUUAUGAUUGUUUUGUGUCCCACGGAACCCUCAAAGAACCAGUUAUCACCAAAUGGGAUGGAACAUGCAAGGACUGCCUUCCAGACUCUGUUUUUGGAUUGUUUGGAGUAGUGAUUGGAGCAGUGAUUGUAGGUGUGCUUGUGCUGGUAGUUGUUUUUGUCUUAAAGAAGAAAAGGAUAAUUGUUUUCGGAAGGAGAAACAUACGAGAACCUGAUGAAGUCGAUUUGCAUCAGGCUGGUGUCCCUCCACAAGAUGUCUCCAGAAACAGACUGUCAGCUGUGUCUGCAGAACCACUUAUAUAACAAGACGACCUCUGAUACAAAGACAGGAAGAGUCCAAAUGGAAGAUUUGUGGUAUUUGUUAAUGCUAUAAAUAUAAUGAUAAUAAUUAUAUUUUGGAGAGUUUACUUAUGAACAGGUGAAUUAUAUUUAUUCCUUGUUUCUGUCUCAUAUUUUAUCUGGAUGUCUUGAAACACUUUGCUUAAGCGAUUGAGUGAUUGAUGUGAAAGAAAAAUAUUUUAUGUGUUUUCCAGACAUUGACUAUUUCUACCUCUCAGACUGGACACAUUUGCUGUGAUAAAAUAAUGAUCUUGUCUGCUCUAUGAAAAAUUAGAAAUCGUCUUAUAUAAUAUAUAUUCUUGAAUGUCUUACACUGUGAACUAUUUUAAUGUACUGAUGAUUUUACUUGAUUGAUUUUUUGUUUGUUCUUUCACACUGACUUAAUGUAUAUAUGUGCAGGGAAUGGAUUAACGGUGUCAAUGGAUGUCUGUCUCAUACAUUUAGAAUCUUAUUUAUUUAGUUUGUGUUAUACUGCUUACACCUUUAUAAGGCAAAAAUAUAUUUUGUAUGGUUUCACUCAGUGUUUUAAAGUACUGUAUGGUAUGGCUUUUCAUGUAUGGGUAUUGUUUCUGACUUGUUAUGAAUGUCUGCUAAUCAAUAAUUUAACUUGAAAUGGUUUUGCACUUAUUUGAUUGAAAACAGAAAUCUGAUAAAACACACUACCUGUCUUAUUUGUGAAUGUUUAAAGAACAUAAAAAAUAGGACAUACAGACUACCUACCUCUAUUACUUAACCAGAGAAUUGUUUAUCAAGAAAAUUAAUUAAUUAAACCAUUAAUUAUUGUAAUUGUUUAUUGAGUAGUAAAGUUUCUUUACUAAUUUUGUUAUUUUAAAAUCAAUAAAUCAC